AUGUUCUCAUUCAACACAGUGUUGAGGAAAUUUCGAUCAAUUUUUAUAAGAAAAUUUCAUAUUGGAACUGAUGUGAGCAAGUACAAUUUAUGUGCAUUCCUUAAUUCUUGUACAAAAAUUAGAAAUUGCCAAUUGGGUUUGCAAAUUCAUGCUAAGAUAGUUCACUAUGGUCAUACAAAUAAUCUAAUAUUAAGUAGUGCACUUGUUGAUUUUUAUGCUAAAUGUUAUGCUAUUGAGGAUGCUAGGAGGAUAUUUGAUGUGCUGAAACAGCAUGAUGAAGUGUCAUGGACGUCGAUUAUAUACGGGUAUUCACAAUAUGGUUGUGGAGUUGAAGCCAAUAAGUUGUUCAAGAAGAUGUUAGAAAGUGAUAUAAAGCCUAAUUGCUUCACUUAUGUAAGUAUUAUUGCUGCUUGUAUGAGAGGCAAAGAGCCGCUCGACCAAGGCAAACUAGUUCAUGCCCAUGUUAUCAAGCUUGGAUUUGUGAAUCAAAGUUCUGUGGUGUGCUCUUUGAUUAAUUAUUACUCUAAAUGCAGGAACAUAGAUGGAGCUUCCUUGAUUUUCUAUGAAGCAAAAACCUGGGAUAAUGUUGUCUACAACUCAAUGAUUGCUUGUUACUGUCAGAACUUCUAUGUUGAAAACGCAAUAAGGUUAUAUUUACAAAUGAGAAAUUGGGUUAUAAAUGCUACUGAUAUCACCAUGAGCAGUAUUCUGCACGCGGCUAGAAUGGUAUCAAAUGUUCAAUUUGGUAGGCAGGUGCAUGGAUUGAUAAUAAAACUAGGUUUCUUGACUAAUUUGUUUGUUUUGAGCUCACUGAUUGAGGUGUACUCCAAAAAUGGAUUCAUUAAUGAAGCUCGAUAUGUUUUCGACCAAACAAUUGAGCGGAACAAUGUUCUUUGGACAUCAAUGGUUUCAGGGUAUGCUCGGAAUGGGAAAGCAAUGGAGGCGCUUGAACUUUUUGAUCAAAUGAUGGCAGUCGGAUUUGUGCCUGAUCAUGUUUGUUUUACUGCAGUGCUUAGUGCUUGUAACCAUGCUGGUUUUCUCGAUAGAGGUGUAGAACACUUCAAUAAGAUGAUAAAGUAUUAUGAUCUGUCUCCUACAUUAGAUGAAUAUGCUUGUUUGAUUGAUUUCUGCAAAACUUAUGGUGCAGUGGAGUUGGGACGAGAGGUUUUUAAUCGGCUAUUUUCUUUGCAGCCGCACAAUUCUGCUGCGUGUCUAACAAUGGCUCAUUUAUACGCAGAAGCUGGCUUAUGGGAUGAGGCAGCUAAUAUCAGAAAUAUCAUGAAGCCAAAAGGAGAGGAAAAAGGCGCUGCGUGGAGUUGGGUUGACUUAGUCUGGUACAGUGUGCCUCCGUAUGUUGCUCGAUGGUUGUCUUUCGGGAUAUUUGGGGCCAAUUUGAACGCAUUGCAAAUUUAA